AUGCCACCAGCUUCGCGGAAACGGCGUGCAGACGACGACCUGCCUGCCCCAACACAGUCACUACGGAAUCGACGGCAAGAAGAGACUCCAGAUUAUGACGAGGACCUGGACGAGGAGGAGGAACACGGCAGCGGGAGCGUCGCGCAGCUGUCCAAGAACCUGGUCCGGUAUGCACUGGCCUGUGAAUACUCACGGACCCCAAUCAAGCGACAGGAUGUAAAUCAGAAAGUCCUCGGGACCCACGUCCGCUCAUUCAAGCAUGUCUUCGACGCCGCCAACGGACAGCUUAUGGACGUGUUCGGCAUGCGUAUGGUGGAGCUACCUAACAAGGAAAAGGUAACGAUGCGACAGAAGCGAGCCGCCGCGGGCGCAGAGUCGCAGCCUAAGACAAGCAACAUGUGGGUGCUGCAAACCAUCCUCCCGGAGCAGUAUCGCACACCCGACAUCAUCGGCCCGGGCAGAGCGCCCGUUGGGGACGUCGAGGAUGUGGACGGCGCCUACAUCGGCCUUUACACGAUGGUAAUCUCCCUUAUACUGCUCUCUGGCGGACAGCUGUCGGAGGGAAAGCUCGAUCGCUUCCUCAAGCGCAUGAACGCAGAACAGUCCACGCCCGUGGACUCUACGGACAAGGUCUUGGGGCGCAUGAUUAAGGAAGGGUAUAUUGUCAAGGUGAAGGACUCGUCGAGCGGCGAGGAAGUCGUGGACUACAUCGUCGGUGCCCGGGGGAAGGUGGAAGUGGGCAGAGAAGCUGUCGCGGACUUCGUGAGGAACGUCUAUGGCGACGGCGUAGCGGACCUUGAGCAGCGGCUGGCGCGCACUCUGGGGGUUGGGCAGGACGAGGCGAGCAUGCGGCGCUGGCGCGCUGGUGGCUGCAGGAUUUCACGCCCCUCGCCAAGCCCAGCGCUCGGCCCUCAGCUGCUCAUAUCAUCAUCGCGGCUCCGUUUUCCACUCCAUCCGCCCCGUCUUUUGUCUGGCCCUCGCCAUUCGCCCCCGUCCGCCGCACCAUGUUUAUCGCACGCUCGCGCCCUUUUUCGUAGACAACCCCAAAACCCGCCCACCAUGAGCAGCAUCAACUCCCUCCUCAACCACGAGCCCGCGGCCGAUCAGCGCCAGCCGCGAGCGCCGCAGAGCUACGUCGCGCCCACGACCUUCGAAGCCGCCGACGCCCUCACCACGCUCGCGACGCUGGGCAGUGGCCAGCAGUAUGCACCCACGCGCGAGCUACCCUCACCCACCGCCUUUGCGCACCCGCCCCGCCGCACCAGCAGCUUCUCCUCGCACGCCGCGCCCGUCGAGCCGUCGCCACCCAUCGAGCAGCCGCAGGCGCACUCGCCGACGCUGGAGCAGUACCAUCAUGGUUCCAGAUCGCCCGAGGAGCAGCGCCGGCAGGUACUGCUACCGAGGACAUCGCCCGUGCCGGUCCUGGCGCCCAUUCACCAUCUCACCACCACCCUCCAAGAACAAAUGCAGGAGGAGGGCCCUGCGUCGAGCUCGUAUGGCAAGGAUGUGUCUCAAACGGUGCCGCCGUCGCGCUCGACUGAGCCCGAGUCCAGGCGCGAUGAGACACAAAAUCGCGAACCCGCCUUUGUACGCGACGAGCCUACAGUCACGCAAAUCCGCGAGCCCGAGUCGACCGACGAACCGCCGCAUCCCAUCUCCACGAACUUGCCUCUUUCACAAGCCGGCGAGCAGCAGCCUUCGCCCUUGCCCGUCAUCAAGAACGAGCCUUCCGGCACACCGCGCGAAGUAACGCCCUCGAUCGCAGUUGCACAACCGUCCGACCGGCAGCGCUCGGUUACGGCCGACGGCAUGGAUGCUGAAACACUAAAAGCGAUUGAGAUUGCCAAGCAGAGCGAUCUAGGUCUGCGUGCGAAGUCUGCGCCGUCAAAGAAACGCCCUGCGCCCUCGGUGACGCCAGCCAUUAAGAAAAAGGGCACCGCGACGGCCAAGAAACCCCCGUCCAAGAAGCGCAGGCUCGACACAGACGGCGACACCAAGGCGCGCUCCGUGACCCCAACCGCGCGCCCGAAGACGACAUCGAGCAAGGGCGUCAAGAAGGGCUCGCAAGCGGGCACGCCUGCCGCAGAAUCGUCGCCCGCUCCAGAUCAGUCUUCGCAAGCGCACGCUUCAGACGACGACGCCGAAUCUUCCGAGGACAGCACCCUCUACUGUAUCUGCAAAAAGCCCGACAACCACAAAUGGAUGAUUGGCUGCGACGGCGGCUGCGACGACUGGUUUCACGGCUCCUGUGUCAACAUGUCGCAGGCAGACGAGGAUCUGGUGGACAAGUUCAUAUGCCCGCUCUGCGAGGAGAAAGGCAGGGGGCAGACAACGUGGAAGCCCAUGUGCAGGCGCGAUGGCUGUCGGAAGCCCGCCCGGCUAACAAAAGGCAAGGAGAGCAAGUACUGCUCGGACGAAUGUGGCGUCAUAUUCUUCCAAGAGCAGCUACAGCGGACAGCGGGCGCGAAAAGCAUGGCUUCAGCCAAGAAAAAGUCGAAGAAGAAGAGCAGCAAGAACGGUGAGGACGUGGUGUCGGACGACGACGACGAGCCGACGCCGCUGGGUGGGGUGCUUCGCGCGAAGGAUCUCAAGGCUCUCGUCGAGCAGUCCAAGGAUAUCCAGGCCUUCAAGACUCUCGGAUCUGGUGUUCUUUCUCCGCCUCAAACCGCUUCCCCGACAAAGGCCAAUUUUGAUGGCAGCCUUCCCAAUGGCCUCCCUAGUCUGAUUGAAGACCUAUCGCUCACUGCGGCCGAGACGGAGCGCCUUACCGCUCUGCACAAGGAGAAGUCACAGCUGAAAGAGAGAUUAGAGGCUCUAAAGGACCGGGAGAAGUUUGUCAGCAUGGCGAAAGAACAGGCGAUACGCGUUGCCGAACGAGAGAAAAUCAAAGUCAAGGAAUUCUGCGGCUAUGAUUCUCGUCUCUCGUGGUCGGACGCCGAGUUUCUCCGCUGGCGGAACAGCAAACCCGGACGCGCUGCCUUCCAGUUCUCGACCCUAUCUCCAACCCCUGAGCAAGUCGACUCCCUUCCCACUGUCAAUGGCGAAACCGUCAUCGUGGUCAACGGUGAAGAGAAAGAAAAGGAGACGGUCUGCCUGAAGAAGCGAUGUCCGAAGCAUCCGCAGUGGCAGAAGCUCAACCUUCAAGACGCCCGUUUCGAAGAGCUGGAGAUUGUGGAGUCAAUUAAGGAGUGUGAAAAGGAGGAGCGGAGCGUAAGAGAGCGAGCCCGCCGGCGCGGCGCCAAGGAUGCUAUGGCGCGAGAGCUCACCGGCGGCGAUGCCAGCAGGGAAGAGAGGAAUCGCGAGGGAUGGGUCGAGAUGCCAUGGUUGGAUAGGCAUAUACCCCGUUCCUUCCGCUUUUCGACACUUGGCGUUGGCGGCAACACAACUGGGGUACAAAAAGAAUCAUCGGGUCUCAUCGUCAGUUCAGCGACUAUAUUAUCUUUCGAUUUGGUCUUCGCAGGGAAGGCCUUCGUAACACGACGAAACAAGUACGCACUAAAAGAGGGGAAAUGA